CCAUUAAGCUCAGCACGCUAGAUAAGCCUUCUUAACAUGUUGUUUGAUAAGGCCUAUAAGGUCGACAUCGCUUGAGAACUGACCUGUAUCUCACGCGUGAGGAAUCACAGGUAACCAUUGUGCUAAAAUAGCUUUGUAGACAUCCACAAUGGCGACUGAACUCUUUCUCAGAAAGUGAAGCACAAAAAAACUCGAUGUUUUUCUCGUAAUGAACCUGGGUUUUUGUUGCAUGUAAUCUAGCUGCAUCCCUGUGGAAAUCCAUGCACAAGACACAGGUUUAUGUUUGCGACUUCAAGGUUGACUUGUAGUAAAAUGGACAUCCAUCUCACGCAAUCGUCGUUUACUCUUCACUUGGUUGUAGCUGCACUUGUCUGGACUCUUUACACAUCAUCUCGUGCCACAGUAUCUGCGCAAGGUGGCCUAAUAAGCUGCAGCGUUCAGUCCGUGAAGUUUAAGGGAAACACUUCGCUGAUUUGUCAUUUUCCUGAAAAUGUUCAACAGACGAGGAGGGAUUUCACUGUCUACUAUUACAGAAACAAGGAACGUCCAGACGCAGUGCUGGACUGCUGGUGGCUGUCGGGAAAUGUCGACUGCUUCAUUGCACCAGGAUACAAGUUCAGCAAAAAAAUAUCCAGGGAAAUAUUCCUUGAGAUUCCAGUAGUUUCAGGACCUCAGAUUGGCUCAUACGCUUGUCAGAUUGCUAGUUAUGGGCCUGACUCCAUUAGCACCUGUGAUUUGAAACUUUUAUUAGAUGGCAAAUCCGUUUGUGAAGUCCCGUCCGUCCAGCCUGACACACAAACAUCUCUGUCAUGUUUCUUUCCAAAAGACCUCAACGAGUCCAAAUUAGGAUUUACCGUCUAUCAUUAUCCUAUCCGUGGUGAUGCAGAUGCUGUGUUAAACUGCGAUUGGAAGGGAGAUAAUCUGAACUGCGCUGUUCGAAAAUUCAACUUUGAGAAUAAAGUCUCGGAUCGCCUCACUCUUAAAAUUCCCAGAGCUUCACAGGAUCAGGAAGGAAAAUACAGUUGUCAGACCAAGGGAGCAGAUAUUCUAUCCUAUAACAACUGCUCCUUUUCCCUUCAAAGAGCUCAAAAAAUAACAUCGUGUUCAAUUCAGAAUGUCACGGAAGUGCAGCCUACAGAACUACGAUGCAACUUCAAUGUUGAUGUUGGUGUGGCUCGACAAAAUUUUAAGGUGGUUCGUGAAGGCCAAGACGAGGACAUCCUGACUUGUACCUGGCCAGACGGAAAGUUAGUCUGCAGCACAUCUCCGGGAUACGAGUUUGACAACAUCGUCACCAAUCGCCUCGUCGUCAAAGUACCUCGCUCCUCACCCACACAGAAUGGAACGUACACCUGUCACCUGCAAGGCUUUGAUCCCAGUGACUUUCAGUCAUGUGACUUCAUCGUCACACCAGCCUCGGUUACUUCCCUGGAUGUCGGGGCUGUUGUAGGAGCUGUUAUAGCGUUAUUGCUUAUCAUCGCGAUCAUCAUCACUGUCGUCAUUGUUUUAUAUAAGCGUCGAUGUUUGUUUUGGAGGCAAACACCACAGAAAACAGUUUCUAAAGAGGAACAGGUUACAUUGCUCAUUAAGAAAGAGGAUGUUACGCAGAACUUCGUAAAGAUCUUGAAAGAAUCUAGCAAAGAAAUAUAUAAGAUGAUGGAAACAGGUUUCUAUUUCGUGCCAUCUCUUUAUGUAAAUAAAAGCACAUAUUCAUCUGAAGAAUUUGCCGGCGAGCAAAUAUUCAUUACACAGCCGUCCAAUGAAGAGGAUAUGAAGCACGACAAGGCCAUACAAGGCAUCCUUCAAAAUCUUCACCACAUGGCGGACAGUGAGAAGGAGGCAAUGUUUGUCAUCUCACAGUUUAACUAUAACAGCUACCUGACUACUUUAAAAGACACCUUUUCUGGUCACCAACUUCCAAUGCCUGCUAAACUAAGGCAACAAGACCAGAACUACGGUGACUUUGACCUGCUCAUUGUCCACCGCCAGUACGGGUUAGUCGUGGUUGUGGUCAAGACUUGCAGUGUUGGGUCUGGAGAUGGUCAAGAUGACACCAAGUUAGUGGAUGAGGUCAAGAAAGGUGUCAACCAGCUGCUAGAUGCAGAGCACAUGCUGCAACAUCUUCUGUCUGAUCAGCAGUGGAACCUUGCUGUACACAAAACACUGAUGCUACCCAACAUUUCAGAGGGAGUUCUUAGAGGCGAGCUGGGGAAACACAGUCUGGAGGGACUGGUGGACAGUAACGGGAAAAUGAAUCUAACACUACCAAUGUUCCGCAGAAAGGGGACCAAGAAAAGAAACGCCUUUCCAAAUGUCAGUAAUCAGGACAGGUGCUUGUGUGCUGAAGAGCUAAAAAGCAGGAGUCCAAAAUUAUGGUUCAAGAGUGACAGUUCCAUUAUCAAUUAUGAACAGUAUCUUACAAUAAUUUCCAGGUUUUGUAGUCCAGCCUCACAGUCACCACUUCCAGUGCCCAACACUAGAUCAUGUGACAUUCUGCCCGUUACACCUGAACACGCUGUGUGUCUGACAGGGAAGCUCUUUGAAACCACAAUUCUUCAUGAGGACCACCUGUCUGUGCUGAAAGAAGCUCCACCCCGAGUUGGUCUCUGCGGUCCUCCAGGCACAGGGAAGACAAGAACCCUUGAGCUGAUCGGAAGACGAUGGAUGUCAGAAGGUCAUGAUGUGCACGUGGUCUCCUUGUGGCAGACCAGUCUCGCGGCUUCCUUCAUGUUAUGUGAGGUCCUCGGCAAGAAGACAGACAGAACUCACAAGGAAGGAAGUCAACAAGCACCUCAGGGUCGUGUUGUUCCAAUGGCCUGUGAUCUGAAACGAGAUAAUGCCAAAGACAUUGUCAGAGUACUAAAAGACAAGUUUCCACAGAGAGGAGAACUCUUUAUUUUGUGUGAUGAAGUGGAUCAUGAUGGAAAUGACACAUUGUUCCUCUAUUUCUGUAAAAAGCUUGUAAAGAAGGUCCCAACGGUUCAUUUGUGGUUCGCUAGCUGUUUCAUAGAAAAUAUUCCAACUGGCUGGCAAGCAAAGUUAUUUUUGGAUCCUAUAAGUUGUCCGUCAGUAAUUUUGAAAGAGAAAGAUGUGUUAGACGCAGUUGAACUUUGCAAAAUAACAAAGUGGACUGUGGACUCUAAUACACGGACGCCAACACAGGGUCCAUCAGUCAAGUACGUGUACCAUAUUGGAGAAGAGCACUCUGAAGGAGAUCCACAAGACUGUAAAGCCUGCUCCGAAGAAGUAAUUCGCUAUCUUCAACCUCUGUUUACUGGUAAACCACUUUUGACCUCAGAAUCUGCUCUCACAGCAAACUCUCCAAGCAUUGGAACUGGUUCACCUGCGUCUGAGCUUUGCCUUCAAGACAAGGACAUGAUGUUGCUGACUGAAUGUGAUGUGAAGGAGAACAUGAUGUGCUUGGAGAUGCUGAAGAAUUUGGGUUUCAAGACAAAGUUAAUAAAAGCUCCACAGACAGAUAGUAUUUUAAAAGACACAAGGGAAUGUGUCCUCAUAGCAAAUGGGAAAGAUGUUCAUGGCAUCAAAAGAAAAAUUGUGGUUUUCUUGGAAGCAGCACCCACUAAAUCAAAGUCAAAGAAACCUGGAAAACCUCCAGACUACUUAAACAGGGUGCGGUGUCUAACUAGCUGCACUUCCCAGCUAAUAUGGGUUAGGAUUCCAGAGAAACAUAAUUUCUAGCAUUACACAACUUGAACUCAAUGAUUUUCGAUAUAAGAAAUUUUGAGGAUGUUAUAAUCUACAUCUUAAAUUGACAUCCCUUUGCUAUUUAUAUGUGUAGUAAUGAUUGUUACAAAAAAAAUCAGCGUGUGGUUUUAUAAACAGAGUUGCAUCAAGUAAUUACAUAUAAACCAUGUUUAAAUGUAAGUAAUAAUGAAAUAUUACAAAAUAAACUUUUUAUAAACAAAUAUUACUUCUAGUUCAACGUGUAAAAUAAACAAAGCCCACCUGUCUACAAGCUAUUGAAAAAAACAAUUAUUCAAUAGUUGAAAGAUUAUUUUUUUAAAAACUAAAAUGCAGCAAACCGUUUUUUAUAAGUGACCUUAUUGGUAUAAAUCCUAGAACGGAGAUUAUUGCAGAUAUCUUGUCUAUUCCUAGAGAAAGAGACCAAAUGUAGUUAUAGUUUUUCUUUUAUGGGCAAUGCAUGAUUUUUGAGCUGAUAUUUUGCCUGGACUACAUAUCUGUGUGGGGCAAUUGCACGGAACAGAUGAGGCAGGUAAAUCGCAACAUCUGAAAAAAGAGCCGAUUAAAUUAACCUUCAGUUUGCCAAAGCAUUUUCUCGAACAACUGUAUCAAUCAUUCUUUUAUAUUUUCCUAUUGCGUAAUAAAAAAACUUACAGUUUGGUUUGAAAUGUUUUAAAAUAGUGAAAGCGAUCGCUUCCAGUGUACAGUCAUUUUUAUUGUAAAUAAAAAGUACAACU